AUGACGCACCUCAACGGGAUUAGAGAGGACCCAGGGUCCGGGACCGGGACCGGGACCGGGUCCGGGUCCGGGUCCGGGUCUGAUACCGGGUCUGGAGUCAGGUCUGACGAACUGAUCUUCUUCGUGAACGGGAUAAAGAUUGUGGAGAAGAACCCGGAUCCCGAGAUGACCCUGCUGACCUACCUGAGGAGGAAACUGGGUCUUACUGGGUCCAAACUGGGCUGUGCUGAAGGUGGAUGUGGGGCCUGUACUGUCAUGUUGUCCAGACUAAAGGGGGACCAGCAAGUACUUCAUUACUCUGUUAACGCCUGUCUGGCUCCUCUCUGCUCUCUUCAUCUUGUCGCCGUGACGACGGUGGAAGGCAUCGGCAGCGUGGCACAAACACUGCACCCAGUUCAGGAGCGAAUAGCGAAGGCUCACGGUUCUCAGUGUGGGUUCUGUACUCCUGGGAUCGUCAUGUCCAUGUACGCUCUGCUCCGAAACAAGGCCACGCCCACCAUGGACGACCUGGAUGACGCCUUCCAAGGAAACCUGUGUCGGUGCACUGGAUACAGACCGAUACUGGAGGGAUACAGGACAUUUACCAAGGAUGGAGGAUGCUGUGGGGGCGGAGCUUCAGGGAACGGCUGCUGUCGGACCAAUGGGACAGCAGACACUGAGGAGGCCACGCCCCUAUUCGAUGCCAAAGACUUCGUGCCCUUUGACCCCACGCAGGAGGUCAUUUUCCCUCCAGAACUGAUGACUCUGAGCAAAGGUCAGAGGUCACAGUCUCUGUGUUUCCAUGGCGACCGGACAGUGUGGCUGCAGCCGAACAGUCUGGAAGAGUUACUGAGUCUGAAGUGGAAACACCCAGAAGCCAGAGUGGUGGUGGGCAACACCGAAGUGGGUAUUGAAGUGAAGUUUAAGAACAUGGUUUAUCCAGUCAUUCUUUCACCAGCGUUCAUUCCUGAACUGAACACAAUCAAGCACACAGAGCAAGGGAUCAUAUUUGGUGCCUCCUGUUCCCUCAGUCUCAUGGAGGCGGAGCUUAGGCGGGCUGUGGACUCUCUUCCUCUUCAUCAGACCCAGGUCUUCCUCGCAGUACUCGAACAGCUGCGAUGGUUCGCAGGACGACAGAUCCGCAACGUGGCGGCGGUGGGUGGAAACAUCAUGACUGCCAGUCCCAUCUCAGACCUGAAUCCAGUGUUUAUGGCAGCAGGUGUCAAACUGACACUGAUGGACAAAGAUGGGAGUCGCCUGGUUCAGAUGGACAGCAGGUUUUUCACUGGGUACAGGAGGACGGCUCUGCGACCACAGGAGGUCCUGGUGUCACUGGAGAUCCCCUACAGCAAGAAGACCCAGUUCAUGUCGGCCUUUAAACAGUCACCACGGCGUGAAGAUGACAUCAGCAUCGUCACGGCGGCGAUGAGCGUCACCUUCAGUCCUGACACCAGUUUAGUGGAGGAACUGAAACUGAGUUAUGGAGGAAUGGCACCGACAACCGUCCUGGCAGAGAGGACCGCAAAGGAACUGAUAGGACGGCCGUGGGGGGAGGAGCUUCUGCAGGCGGCCUGUUCCUCAUUGGCUGAGGAGAUGACCCUCGACCCCUCUGCGCCCGGUGGCAUGGUGACGUACCGACGAACUUUGACCCUCAGCCUCUUCUACAAGUUCUACCUGACUGUUCUGCUGAAGCUCCGAGACCAGGGUCUGGAUGUGGAAGAGGUGCGGUCCGACUGUCUGAGCGCCACACAGAUCUACCAUCAGGAGACCCCGUCCAGCGUUCAGGUCUAUCAGGAGGUGCCACAGGGUCAACACCUAGACGACGUAGUGGGCCGUCCCAUCAUGCACCUGUCAGCGCUGAAACAGGCGACUGGGGAGGCGGUCUACUGCGACGACAUCCCACUGUACGAAAAUGAACUGUACCUGGCACUGGUCACCAGCACCAAAGCCCAUGCCCACAUCCUGUCCAUAGACACCUCUUUGGCUGUCUCCAUGCCUGGUGUGGUCUGCUGUCUCUUCUCAGAGGACGUUCCUGGUUCUAAUUCCACCGGACCCAUCGUUUAUGAUGAGAGUGUCCUCGCAGAUGGACAGGUGACAUGUGUGGGUCACAUCAUCGGUGCGGUGGUGGCCGACACCCAAAGCCACGCCCAGAGGGCGGCGAAGGCCGUCAAGAUCCAGUAUGAGGAACUACCAACGGUGGUCACUAUACAGGAAGCCAUUGCUGCUCAGUCCUUCUAUGAGCCAAUCAGAACUCUUCAAAAAGGAGACCUGGAGGCGGGGUUUGAACAGGCUGACCACAUCCUGGAAGGUGACAUGCACAUGGGCGGUCAGGAACACUUCUACCUGGAGACCAAUGUGACGUUAGCCGUCCCCAAAGAGGACGGAGAGAUGGAGCUGUUUGUGUCCACGCAGUCUGCAUCCAAGACACAGUCUCUGGUUGCCAAGGCGCUGGGCGUGGCCUCCAACCGGAUCCUGGUGCGGGUGAAGCGGAUGGGCGGUGGCUUCGGGGGGAAGGAGAGUCGUACCACCAUCCUGUCCACAGUGGUCGCCAUGGCAGCCAACAAGCUGAAGCGUCCAGUUCGCUGUAUGUUGGACCGAGACGAGGACAUGCUGGUGACCGGAGGACGACACCCAUUCUACGCAAAGUAUAAGGUGGGCUUCCUGGACAAUGGGCAGGUCGUCGCUCUGGAUGUGUCGUAUUACAGCAACACAGGAAACUCCAUGGACCUGUCACUGUCAGUCAUGGAGCGCGCUCUGUUCCACAUGGAGAACUCGUACAGCGUGGCCAACAUUCGUGGGCGGGGCUUCCUCUGCCGGACCAACCUGCCGUCCAACACCGCCUUCAGAGGGUUCGGGGGACCGCAAGGCAUGAUUGUCGCUGAGAGCUGGGUGACAGACGUGGCACAGCGGCUGGGCAGGCCAGCCGAGGAGAUCCGCCGGUUGAACCUGUACAAAGAAGGCGACCGGACGCCCUACAACCAGGUCCUGGACCAGUUCACCUUAGACCGUUGCUGGGACGAGUGUCUGCGACGCUCCGACUACAAGCAGCGACGAGCCGCCGCCCACCUGUACAACAGACAGAACCGAUGGACUAAACGAGGCCUCGCCGUCGUCCCCACCAAGUUCGGCAUCAGCUUCACGGCGGUCUUCCUGAACCAGGCCGGAGCGCUGGUCCACAUCUACACCGACGGCUCGGUUCUAGUGACCCACGGAGGGACCGAGAUGGGACAGGGCCUCCACACCAAGAUGGUCCAGGUGGCGUCCCGGGUUCUUGGCGUGCCCAUUUCCAAGAUCCACAUCUCAGAGACCAGCACCAACACGGUCCCCAACACCAGCCCCACGGCGGCCUCGGCCUCAUCUGACCUGAACGGAGCUGCCGUCCACAACGCCUGCCAAGUGCUGGUGGAACGCCUCCAACCCUACCGGAGUGCCAACCCCAAAGGAUGCUGGGAAGACUGGGUGAAGGCGGCGUAUUUUGACAGAGUCAACCUCAGCGCUAACGGUUUCUACAGGACGCCGGACCUGGGCUACGACUUCAACUCCAACUGCGGUCGGGUGUUCGAUUACUACAGCUACGGCGUGGCCUGUUCGGAGGUGGAGGUGGACUGCCUGACCGGAGCCCAUAAGAACCUGAGGACCACCGUGGUGAUGGACGUGGGCCACAGUCUGAACCCGGCCAUCGACAUCGGACAGGUGGAGGGGGCCUUCAUGCAGGGUCUGGGUCUCUUUACGUUGGAGGAGCUCCAUUACUCCCCUAAAGGGGUCCUUUUGACUCGUGGUCCUGGUUCCUAUAAGAUCCCGGCCUUCGGGGACAUUCCGAGUCACCUGACGGUGUCGCUGCUGCGCGACGCCCCUAAUGCCAAAGCCAUUUUCAACUCCAAGGCUGUGGGCGAACCGCCGCUCUUCCUGGCGUCUUCCGUGUUCUUCGCCAUCAAAGACGCCGUCAGCGCUGCCCGGUCGGAGGUGGGCCUCAGCGGUCCGUUCAGACUGGACAGCCCUGCCUCUGCUGAGAGGAUCCGCAACGCUUGCACCGACCGCUUCAGCCAACUGGUUCCUCCCCCAGAGUCUUGGACGGGGGCCCCGUGGUCCGUCCAGGUCUAAAACCAGUGUCCACCAGGGGGCCCCAUGGGUCCACCAGGG